AUGGUAGAGUUCCUGGUGUACAGGAUUGGCAAUUGGGACAACAAGUGCAAGAACGACAAGUGUAAGGACUACAGGCUCGUUGCGACGUUUAAUGGAGUGGACAUUGAAAUAGAAACAUGGGAGAAUGAGUACAGCGGCGAACAGCCAACGACCGGAGGUUCUGCCCAAGGUAUCACGUGGACGAAGGAGGUCGAGGCCGACAGCAUCCUUAAAUUCAUCGUGCAUGUUCCCAGUGCCCUGUUGACGGGUGCGAUUGAUAUUUCGCUUGAUUAUACGGUAGAUCAAGGAGCCCUGGCGAUCGGAAUCGAUCAAUUCGAGGUCACGCUCUAUAGUAACAGUUGCCCGGCCCCCACAGCACGCCGCCACCUCAUUGAAUCCAUGAGGGUUCCGGGAUACGAGAGCAACGAGAGAAGCGACGAGAGAAGCCUCGGGCAGGACGUAGAGGCAGAUGAAUGUCAGUGUGUCUGUCCUGCAUUGGCGGGUGAAAAUCCAGCCCCUGGAAGUGGACCCUCGGCGCCAAAGGUUUUGGACUUGUACGUGGCUGCUGAUGGCGUCGAUUGUGCCCCACAGGGCACAAAAGUUGGUUCCGUGACCCUCGUCUACAACAAAAAUGGCACUGUCACAGCUACCUAUGAAGUCGACCCCAAGUACCAGCUGAAAAGUACAACUCUUUAUGUUGGGGACGAGCGCUUGCCUGGAUCAGAAAGCGGAGAUGUCCUGCCUAUCAGCCAGUUUCCAUACACUGGGUCAGAGGUAGAGUACAACGUUGAUCCCCUAAAUUGUGACUACUACGUUGCUGCAGCAGCAGAGAUCUGCGGCGAAUUCCCUACUCUGGAGCCUACAAGUGCCCCAACCUCGUCGCCAACAGCUGGCCCGACGUCGGGGCCAACUGGUGCCACUUUGACACCCACAGCCUCACCUACAAGUGGCCCAACGUCUGGGCCAACUGGUGCUACUUUGACACCCACAGCCUCGCCUACCGCCGCUGACAGAAACGCGCCAACUCCAGCCGCUCCCCCAAAGCCCACACCAGCCAAACCCACUCCCGCUGGCCCUGCCCCAACCCCUGGAACAUACGGCGACCCGCACAUUAUGACAUUCGCAUCCGAGGAGUUCGACUUUCAUGCUGCUUGCGACACUGUCCUUCUCGACAAUCCCAACUUUCGAGGAGUCGGAAUGCGCAUCCACACGCGUACAAAGUUGAACACCUGGUGGAGCUACGUCGAGGCUGCCGCCAUUCAGAUCGGAGACGAUGUACUGGAAGUGAAGGGUGGAGAUCAAGGCUUCAAGUUCUGGGUCAAUGGUGUUGAGGGCAGAGACGAAACCGACAUCAUCUUCUCGCCGCUCAAGUUGAAGGUUCACUUCAAGGUCGUGAAUUCACACCAGUUGCAUGUCCGCAUCGAUCUCAAGGGUGAUGUCAUUGGCCUCCAAACAUACAAGCAGUUCGUGAAGGUUACCAUUCCGGCAAGGAAGGCCGAGAACUACUUGGACUAUCGCUGGGUCGUACUAGAGUUCAGAUCAGAUGAGCUUCAGAUCAACCUACGCUAG